AGGACAGGACAGAGUUUAGUUUGAUUUUGGGAAAAAAUGUUCGGAGAGGAAGCCAAGGUAUUGCUAGGCUUUCUUCCCAAUUCCACCCCUUCUUCUUCACAGGUGAAAGCCGCUUACAAGAAAAAGGCAUUAGAAACACAUCCAGAUCGUUUUCCUCUUUCCCAACGGUCUGUGGCUGAAUCCAAUUUUAAGCUGAUUUCAGAAGCUUACACAUGCUUACAAUCGGGCACAUAUUCAACAGGAGGCACAUAUUCAACAGUGGUGAGAACCGGAGUCCCAAGGACUAAUGGAGGAAGUAAAAGCCAUGCCUUGAUACGAAUUCCGUUCCUAUUCAUUGUGUUAGGGACUGUUGCACUUGGCGGAUCCAGUGCCACUAGGGCUUAUCGAAGACAGAAAGAGGACUACCCCUCGCAUAACCCUUUUCUUCCUUGAGGUUACAUAUAUAGAGACAUGCAUCAAUCAAUAUAUAUAAUCGUAAUAGUGUUGUGUUCUAUGUGCAUUCGUUGUGGUCAUAGAUAAAUGUUGUUCUAGAUGUGUUUGAAUACAAAGCGUAUGCUUUUUUGCUCA